CACCGAUCCGGUUCGGGAAACUAGGGAUUGUGAGCCUGGGCAGACUUUUAAGCAAGCAAAUAUGAGCAAAUCUGGAAAGGAUUAUUCGUAGACAUUCUUCCAGGGUUGAAAGGCACAAGACUGCGUUUGUUGGCACUGCCGGAGGCUUAGCUUGACAAUAUAUCCGGGAAGAACAUGGCAGAAAGCGCAAUGGAGGCCAGAGGCGACAGCUUUCUUAGACAAAGGCAAGUUCUAUUUCUCUUUGUUUUUCUGGGUGUGUCUCUGGCUGAGUCUGAGUCAAGACGCUACUCCGUGGUUGAGGAAAUGGAGAGGGGCUUUUUAAUAGCCAACCUAGCAAAGGAUCUAGGGCUAGGGGUGGGGGAACUGGCUGUGAGGGGAGCCCAGGUUGUGUCUAAAGGGAACAGACAGCAUAUUGAGCUCAACCAUCAGAACGGCGAUCUGCUCCUGCAUGAGAAAUUGGACCGGGAAGAGCUAUGCGGCCCCACGGAGCCCUGUGUACUGCAUUUUCAGAUAUUACUGCAAAACCCUUUGCAGUUUAUUACAAAUGAGCUUCAGGUCAUAGACGUAAAUGACCAUUCCCCGGUAUUCUUUGAACAUGAAAUGCAGCUGAAACUCUUAGAAAACACGCCACCAGGGACCAUAAUUCCUUUGGGAAAUGCUGAGGACUUGGAUGUGGGAAGAAACAGUCUCCAAAACUACACGAUCACUCCUAAUUCCCAUUUCCACGUUCUCACACGCAGUCGUAGGGAUGGAAGAAAGUAUCCACAACUAGUGCUGGACAAAGCGCUGGACCGUGAGGAGCAGCCAGAGCUCAUUUUGACUCUCACCGCGUUGGAUGGUGGCUCUCCACCCCUGUCGGGGAUCGCCCAGGUUCACAUUGUGGUCUUAGACAUAAACGACAACGCCCCAGAAUUUACACAGUCACUAUAUGAGGUUCAAGUUCUAGAGAACAGCCCCAUUAACUCUGUUCUUGUCACCGUCUCAGCUUCUGAUUUAGAUACAGGAAAUUUGGGGACAGUUUCAUAUGCAUUUUUUCAUGCUUCUGAAGAAAUUCGCAAAACUUUUCAGCUAAAUCCAAUUACUGGUGAUAUCCAGCUAGUCAAAUAUUUGAAUUAUGAGGUUAUGAAUACCUAUGAAGUGGACAUAGAAGCCAAGGAUGGCGGAGGCCUUUCAGGAAAAACAACAGUAAUAGUUCAGGUGGUUGAUGUGAACGACAACCCACCAGAACUGACCUUGUCCUCAAUAGUCAGCUCUAUCCCUGAGAACUCACCAGAGACUGUGGUGGCUGUUUUCAGUGUUUCUGAUCCAGACUCCGGAGACAAUGGCAGAAUUAUGUGUUCCAUCGAGAGCAAUCUCCCUUUCAACCUCAAACCAUCAGAAGAGAAUUUCUAUACCUUGGUAACAAAUGGGGCGCUGGACAGAGAGAGCCAGGCGGAGUACAACAUCACCAUCACCGUCAGUGACUUGGGGACCCCCAGGCUGAAGACCCAGCACAACAUCACCGUGACGGUCUCCGACGUCAACGACAACGCCCCCGCCUUCAGCCAGACCACCUACACCCUGCGCGUCCGCGAGAACAACAGCCCCGCCCUGCACAUCGGCACCGUGAGCGCCACCGACAGGGACGCGGGCGCCAACGCCCAGGUCACCUACUCGCUGCUGCCGCCCCGGGACCCGCACCUGCGGCUCGCCUCGCUGGUGUCCAUCAACGCGGACAACGGGCAGCUGUUCGCGCUCAGGUCCCUGGAUUACGAGGCGCUGCAGGCCUUCGAGGUCCGCGUGGGCGCGGCCGACCGCGGCUCGCCCGCGCUGAGCAGCCAGGCGCUGGUGCGCGUGCUGGUGCUGGACGACAACGACAACGCGCCCUUCGUGCUGUACCCGCUGCAGAACGGCUCUGCGCCCUGCACCGAGCUGGUGCCGCGGGCGGCCGAGGCGGGCUACCUGGUGACCAAGGUGGUGGCGGUGGACGGCGACGCGGGCCAGAACGCCUGGCUGUCGUUCCAGCUGCUCAAGGCCACGGAGCCCGGGCUGUUCGGCGUGUGGGCGCACAACGGCGAGGUGCGCACGGCCCGGCUGCUGAGCGAGCGCGACGCGGUCAAGCACAGGCUGCUGGUGCUGGUCAAGGACAAUGGCGAGCCGCCGCUGUCGGCCAGCGUCACGCUGCACGUGCUGCUGGUGGACGGCUUCUCGCAGCCCUACCUGCCGCUGCCGGACGUGGCGGCGGCCGAGGCCCGGGCCGACCCGCUCACCGUCUACCUGGUCAUCGCCUUGGCGUCCGUGUCGUCGCUCUUCCUGUGCUCGGCGCUGGCGUUCGUGGCGGUGCGGCUGUGCAGGAGGAGCGGGGCGGCGUCGGGGGGUGGCUGCGCGGUGCCCGAGGGCCACUUUCCGGGCCACCUGGUGGACGUCAGCGGCGCGGGGACCCUGUCCCAGAGCUACCAGUACGAGGUGUGUCUGACGGGAGGGACUGGGACCAGCGAGUUCAAGUUCUUGAAGCCUGUUAUUCCCAGUGGUCUGUUUCAGGAUACUGAGUGAGACUAAAGCAAAGCUCUACUUUUAUGGAUAGUUUAGGUUUCAUUUACACAAUAGUAAAAAAAAAAAGUUGUUUGGCUGUGGUUGUUUUCUUUUGAAAUCAAGAAUCUUUCGUUGAUAUAACAUUUUGCUUAUAUGUUGAUUUUACUUUGUGUUGUUUGUAAUCCUUGCAUAUUCUUUUUUCAUCUGCUUUCUGUCCUAUAAGGCAGUCUUAAUGCCUCCUUCUCUUUUUCUAAUAGGUGAGCAAAAAUACAUUCAUUUUGUUUUAAUGAUUUCAAACAGGUUUACUUUAAGGAACUCAUCUUAAAUUCUACAUCCAAAGAAAUGUAGAGUUCCAAACCAGUAAUCUUAUAAUUUACCCUGUUGAAUACAGUCACAUCUUGUUCUUUACAAUAUACUUAAAGCAGCUUUGUAGUUAAUGAAGUUUGUGGAUAUACAAAAAUGUGUCUUCUUUAAGAUGUACCUUCUUUAAGGUACAACAUGUUUUUAGGGACAUAGUAGUCAAAUGAAAGUAAUACAUUUAGUUUACUUUCUGUUUUGACAUUUGCAAUUAAUAUUUAAUACUAUAUUGAUUUACAUUGACAAAAAUGCACACAAAAUAUAGGCUAUGAGGCAUAUUACUCUGAUUUGCUUAGUGUAUUCUUAUGAUGACUGAAGAAAAAUAAUUAAGCCUAGAGCAUUUUGAACAAUAGAUUGUGCCUUUUCAUUUUGCACGAAAAUGUUGUUAGUGAGGCAUCGGAUACAACGACAAUUUAGUUUGUAAAUUCUGAGAUCUAAAUGUUAUCAAUCCAAGAGUCAUUUUUUAAAAUUUAUUCAUUUAUUUGACAGAGAGAGUGGGGAGAAGGCCAAAGGGAGAAGGAGAGAGAGGGAGAAUCUCAAGCAGACUCUGUGCUUAGGAGGGAGCUGGAGGCCCAGCUCCAUCUCCGGACCCUGAGAUCAUAACCUCAUCGGAAACCAAGAGUCCUGUGCUCAACCGACUGAGCCACCCAGGCAUCCCAAGAGUCAUUUUUUUAAAAAAUUUCAAGAAAGCACAUGCAUAUAUGAUUUCUAAAUGCUUUACGGUAAAUGUGGUGUCCCAUCCAAUCCUGCUUUUAAAAUUAAUAUCUAGGAGUGCCUGAGUGGCCCAGUCAGUUAAGCCACUGACUGCUGGUUUUAGGUCAGGUCUUGAUCUCAGGGUCAUGAAAUCGAGCCCCACCUCCAUGCUCAGAGUCUUCUUGGAGUUCUCUCUUCCUCUCUCUCUGCCUCUCCCCCACUAUCUUUCCCUCUCUCAAAAUAAAUAAAUCUUUUAAGAAAAAUAAUUUUAAUACCUACUUGGUAUUUAGAUGGUGAUAUAUGAUAUAUGAUAUAUAUAUAUGAUAUAUGUAUUUUUUGUUUGUUUGUUUACCAUCUUGGUUCCCUCCUCCUGAUUUCAACCUGAUUACUCAGGAUUAUAUAUGGUCCUUCUGGGAUAAACUUUGUCCAUCCACAUCAGCAUUCACCCCCUAUAAUGUAAGUAAAAGGUGUAUAAGAAGAGGUAGUUCUAAAGAAGAGGUAGUUCUAAAGGAGAGGAAUAUCAUUGUGAAAAUCUAAAUUAGCUACACCUAUGAAUAAAAUCUAGAAGCAACCAAAACAUCACAGUUUAUACCUAUUUUGGAUGAAAAAGAAAAACUUAUAUUUAAGUGACAAAUUAGGGAUUCAUGGGUGGCUCAGCGGUUCAGCGCCUGCCUUCGGCCCAAGGCGUGAUCCUGGAGUCCUGGGAUCGAGUCCCACAUCGGGCUCCCUGCAUGGAGCCUGCUUCUCCCUCUGCCUGUGUCUCUGCCUCUCUCUCUGUGUAUCUCUCAUGAAUAAAUAAAAUCUUAAAAAAAUAAGUGACAAAUUAUUUAGUCCCCAAUUAGAGACGUUGAUUAGGAAAAAAAAAUCAAUUUUCUUCUCAGAGGCAUUUUCUCUUCCAGAGAGAUAGAACUUUCCAAGAACUGAAAAUUGGUGACUAGAAGAGAGUAAAGUGAAGUUUCUCAAUGAUUUUGAAAAUUCCCAAAAGAGAAAAAGAAUUUAAGAUUGAACUUUCCUUUAAUCAUACAUUAAAGUGUAGUUAUAAAUGCUGUCAUUUUGUACAACUGAGAAUCAAAUGCAUGAGUCCUUAAUAAUCAGAGGAAAAAGAAUAUUUCCUUUCACUGAUGAAGCACUUUAUAGAGAUGUUUGAAUCUGGCUCUUUUAGUCAGAUCUUUUUUCUUCUUUUCAUAUUUAGCUGAAUUUUCAUUAAGAGAAGAAAAAGGCAAAGAACUAUAUCAAGACUUCUCUUUAUUUGGCUGGCUUAGUACUGGUAGUGUCAGAGCUAGGGAAAUAUGCCAUUGUGUAAGGUAUAGAAGACAGGUUCUUUGUGUGUUUGUUUUUGUUUUUAGCCAAUAUGGUAUAUGAUCUGGGACUAAAGUUGGAGAGAUUGUAAGCUGAUGAUUCAUUUGGAUCUGGAAGACAAAAGAAUAGAUACUAGUAAUAACUUAGUUGGUAGAUCCAUUGGAUUUACAUAUUGUUGAGAAAGUGAACAGAAUUUAGUAAAGCCAGAAAAGAUCCUCUGUACUAAAUUCGAAGAUCAGAAACAAUGACACCUUAAUCUUGUUUCAAAGUUGCUUUUAUUUCUGGGCUGUUGGAAACCUUUUACUCUUUCAUCUGAAGAUAAUGUUCAAAAACUACCUUAUCUGGAUAUUAAGUAGAGGACAAAGAGGGUACCAUAGGUAUAGUCCUAUCUAUUGUGGCUACUUUCUGGAAUUCCUAUACUGAAAGUCUGGUACAAGGUGAAAGGGAUGACUUCCAAUGUUAAUGAUAAUUUUUAGUAGUCUUCUAUGAGGACUAAUAAGUUCAUUACUGUGAAUUAUUUCCAAAUUGAUCUCUAAUAUUCUAAUUCUCAAAAAGUAAAGGAAAUUAAAAUGGCCCCUCCCCCCAAAUACACUAAAUAACCUAACUAGACUCUAUGGAAAUUAUCAGUAGAGUCUGUUUCUCUUUUAUUCAGAAUUGCAUCUCCAGCAUUAUAACACAAUGCCUCACACAUAGUAGAUGCUUCAAUAACAUUUGUUGAAUGAGUAAUUUUUUAAUAAUAUUUGAGAAGUCAAUGAAUUUUUCAAGAACUUGUUUACUUGGAACUUAUCUGUACAGUGAAAUUCAGAAGAACUAGCUACAUUCAGAAAGGGCUGGGGCUAAAGAAUUCUGAUCUCCAUAGAGCCAACAUAUUAUUUACUGGUCUUCCUUCAUUUGUUGAGAUUUCUGGAAACUAAGAGAAUUGUAAAAUAAUGUAUUAAUCUCUCUUUGGGUUCCAGUUGUGCUUGUUCACAUCUUUGAUUUCAGGGAUAAAGAAAAAGUGAAAUACAAAUGAUUUAUAAAAGCAGUGUCAACUUCUCAGACCUUCUCUUCAUCAAAUUAGCUUCCUGAAGUCAGUAUUUGAAUUCUCUGGCCUCUAAUUGGUUAUUCUAUUGAACUUUGGUUAGCCUUCAUGGUAUCAAAAUUAAAUGAAAUUUGCAAGAUCUGAAAAUCUUUGAAUAAACUUUAAAAUAGCCAAGCAUGAAUUUAGUUUCAAAAUGUAAUUCUGGAUAGUGUGCACUCUCAGUUUUCCUCUUUGAAAACACAUACAUUCAUUAAUAAUUGAAAUAUUUCCUUGACAUUUACAAUCUAUUU